AUGCCGAAGUCAGUGGCGUCCCACCACAGUCUGGCGUCGAGCAAUAACGACAUCGACAUCGACAACGACGUUGAGGACUACGACGACGACUACGACAUCGACGAGCAGCAAGCGGAGGCCAUUCGAAACGCAUACCGGAAUGCUUUCCCAAGCCAGCAGCAGCCACCGCGAUCUCGUCACGAAAACAUGCAGUCUCAUCACCACGCUAAACACCGUGCUUCGGACGGAAACAUGAGCUUGCAGGUGCCUUCACGCACGCCUGCUGAUGAAACCACUGGCUUGCUCAGUAGCCCUGACCUCACACGAAGUGGAUAUCGAACAGGAAGCACGCCGGGGACACCAAGGUUCAGAAGAUCGCAGAGCUAUGUCCACUCUUCACGGGGUGCCCCAGGCAGCCGUCGUGGAUCCUUUGCUCGAGGGCUCAUGAAGGCUUUGGAGAGGACCGACRAACAGACACGGUCGAACCAAGGCAUGUCUACCUCGAAGCGAUCGUUUUAUUGGGACAAUCGAGCGUGGUACGAUCAGUUCACCUCCACCGACUGGGUGCACGACAGCAUCGCGGAUUCGUACCGUGUCAAGGAGUUGAGGAGCAGGAAGGACUUCAAGGGAAGAGUAAGAUCAUUCUUCGACGGUGCUCAGGGGUGGGUGCUGGUCUUCAUCAUCGGAUGCAUCACAGCAGGCUUUGCCUACAUCAUCGAUGUGACAGAGGCUACGAUCUUCGACUUCAAGUCUGGGCACUGUCAUAAGCACUGGUAUCUCAGCAAGCGUCAGUGUUGUGACGGUGCGAGUAUCUGUGAUGAAUGGCACAGGUGGUCGCAAUCGACGGCCCAAGAUGCAGAUGGCAAGCUAUGGGUGGACUAUGCGGCUUUUGUUGCAUGGGUGGCUUUCUUGGCUCUCACGGCCUGUGCUAUUACGCUAAUGACCAAGACAACAAUAUCUUCCGCAAUUUCGCUCUCGACGCUGGAUGAGAACCUCGGCGCUGAACACCACGACGCUCGAAAAUUCAACACCGAAGGUGGCCCACGCGCCGUAAGCCCAACGCGGCGUUUCCAGGAGGCCGCUCGACGGCCGCCAGUAACAUACUAUCCCGCAGCUGGCAGUGGAGUGGCUGAGGUCCGGGUGAUAUUAUCCGGCUUUGUUUUGCACGGAUACCUUGGAGUGCGAACGCUGAUGUGCAAGACUAUUGGUCUGGUGUUGAGCGUCGGAUCCGGGCUCUCGAUUGGAAAAGAAGGACCCUAUGUGCAUAUUGCUACAUGCAUUGGCAAUAUCGUGUCCCGUGCAUCGUCCAAGUAUCGCAACAAUGACGCCAAACGUCGCGAGAUUCUCUCGGCCUCAGCAGCAGCCGGUGUAGCAGUUGCUUUUGGAGCGCCCAUUGGCGGAGUCUUGUUUGCUCUGGAAGAGGUUAGCUACUACUUCCCACCCAAGACGCUAUUCCGCACGUUUUUCUGUUGCAUAGCCGCAGCAUUGUCGUUGAAAUUUCUGGACCCGUACGGAACGGGGAAAAUCGUGCUGUUUGAAGUGCGUUACCUCACUGAUUGGAAGUUCUUCGAAGUGGGUGUUUUUGCCCUACUGGGAGUCCUUGGUGGCACUCUUGGAGCACUCUUCAUCAAAGCCUCGAGGCUGUGGGCAAAGACUUUUCGCCGAAUCGGAGUGAUUAAAAGCUAUCCGAUGCUGGAAGUGUUCGUCGUGGCCGUCAUAACAGGCCUAGUCAGCUUCUGGAAUCGAUACACCCGCAUCCCUGUGGCGGAACUAUUGUAUGACCUUGCUGCUCCCUGCAGCGCCUUCACUUCCUCGGAUCAUGCCCUCUGCCCGACCGAAGAGGAAAUCCCGGAGACGAUUCAAUACCUCUUCGCCGCUUUCAUCAUCAAGGCUGUGCUUACAAUUAUAACCUUUGGAAUCAAAGUCCCCGCAGGUAUAUACGUGCCCUCCAUGGUCGUUGGCGGUCUGCUUGGGAGAAUUGUAGGACACGUUGUCCAGCUGCUGAUCUUGAAGUACCCGGACUUGGCAUUCUUUGCGAACUGCCCCAAUAAUGGCUCUCCAGAAGAGUGUGUUGUGCCUGGUGUGUACGCGCUGGUGGCGGCUGGAGCAACGAUGUGCGGUGUCACACGUCUUUCGGUCACGCUUGCAGUGAUACUAUUCGAAUUAACCGGCAGUCUUGAGCACGUGCUCCCAUUUUCCAUGGCUGUGUUGAUCGCCAAGUGGACCGCUGAUGCCCUCGAGCCGUUGAGCAUUUACGAUCUUCUAACGGACAUGAACGCCUAUCCCUACUUGGACCACAAAKUGCGGCCAGUCUUCGAUACAGACCUUGGCGACAUUACGUCUGAGCUCAACCCGAACCGGUACAUUGACAUUUCGUCGUCGCCACUGGUAUCGGCCAAAAGCUUGCGUUUCAAGCUGGAAUACCUACACAUGGCCGGCGAGCUCGAUGGUGGACUCCCAAUCCUGAGAGACAGCGCUCUUGUCGGCUUGAUCCCUGGCCCUGAUCUGGAAUACGCUCUCGAUCACCUUGAGAGUGAAGAAGACGCCAUGUGUUUGAUGAGUUUACGAGAUGAGAGGAGAGACGACGAUGCGCGUCCGAGCUCGAACGCCGUUGCAGAUGAUGAUGCCGAUGAGGAUGGAGCAACGGUCACGAAUGACGAGCCUGUUCCCCCGGAGGAGGAUCCGACCGACUWUACGCGCUACAUCGACCCUGCGCCCGUGUCGCUGGAAGUGUCGGCUCCCAUGGAUUUGGUGUUUGAGUGUUUUGUGAAGCUAGGGCUUCGGUAUAUAUGCGUGCUGCAACAUGGGCGGUACAUCGGAAUGGUUCACAAGAAGGCGUUUGUGAGGACCAGGAACGAGCCGGAGGUGCGGUUCAGCAUGAAGCAUGACAGCCCAUGA